AUGGGCGCCAAGAUCGUUAUCCCUAAAGAAAGUCCCUUCAGCAUUCACAACAUCCCUUUUGGGAUUAUAUCAACCUCUGACAACCAAACACCUAGAUGUGCUGCUGCGAUAGGUGACUAUGCCAUUGACUUAGCCAAGCUUGCCGAGGCUUCAUGUCUAGAUCAUCUCGGACUUGAACCAUCCGCUCAGGAGAUGUUCAACAAGCCUUACCUGAAUACUUUUGCCGCAUACCUCCGUUCAGUCCACAGCCGUGUGCGUGACAGCUUGAUUAAUGAUAUCACCAAUGCAAACAUACCUGAGCAGUGCCUCGUUGCUCUAGACGACGUGUUCAUGCAUUUGCCAUUCCAAAUUGGAGGCUACUCUGACUUCUAUUGCUCGAUGGAGCAUGUACAGAAUUGUUCCGAGACAAUGGCAGCUAACGCUAUCAUACCAGAGAACUGGUUCUAUGCGCCUUCAGUGUACAACUCUCGAGUGUCCAGUGUUAUUCCCUCGGGUCACCCCGUCCGCCGACCACAUGGUGUGUACUAUGGAAAGGAUGGCAAGCCCAUGUAUGGCGCUUCUCAGGAACUUGACUUCGAGCUCGAGAUGGGGCUGUUUAUUCCAAAACCUAUUCCAUAUGGCUCUACGAUGGAUAUUGGUGAUGUUGAAGACCACAUCUUUGGGUUUGUUUUGCUUAGCGAUUGGUCCUCUAGAGAUCUGGAGGUGUUUGAAAUGAAGCCUCUGGGACCUUUCCACGGCAAAGGAUUUGGAACGUCUAUUUCCCUCUGGGUAGUCACUCUAGAUGCCCUACAAGCUUUUCAGUGCCCUCCUAAACGGGAGCAAGAUCCUCCUCCUUUCGAACAUCUGAGGUGGCCUGGCCAAAACGGAACAUUCGACGUCAAACUCGAGGUUGAGCUCAAAAGUGUGCAUAUUUAA